GAAUUUUGGUACCGAAGCAUUUAUUUACUUGCAGAGUUGAAGAAACGUCAUUAAAAACGCGCAGUGCAUUCAAGAAAUAAUGAAGUGGUUUUUGUUCCUGAUGACAAUUGCCAUUUGGCAAUUCGUACAAGUAACAGGCAAUCCUGUGAGUCAACGGAAACCUCGGGAUCUGCUAAAUCCAAUGUUUCCGGUUGAUUAUCCGCUCGAAGCGUUGUAUACAGGCAAUCCUGCGAGUUUUGCGAAUUCUCCGGUGCAUCAAACAUAUCCAACGAAUGCAUAUGCGCUUGCAUAUGCGAUCAAACGUUACGCAAAUGUGAUCACAAGUUACGCAAAGGCGGUCACACAUUACGCAAAAGGCUUCUGGGAAUUAUUAACAGAAGUUCCAAGUAAAAGAAAAAGAAACGACGAAGAAGGAAAACCUACGAGCCACGUACAUAAAAGAGCAAUCAAUUUAGCAAAAUUUACAGAUCUAAUGCGAUUUGAUAAAAAUUUUAACUCCGUUGAUGAAGACUAUGAUAUAAUCAAUAUUGGAGACGAUAAUAAAGAUGAUAAUAAAGACGAUAAUAAAGACAAUAAUAAAAACAAUAAUGAAGAUAAUGAGACAUCACAUGAGAAUAUUCAAGAAGAUACAAGUGAACAUAUAGAUGAAGAUAAUGAGACAUCACAUGAGAAUAUUCAAGAAGAUACAAGUGAAGACUAUGAUAAAAUCGAUAAUAGAGGUGAUAUUAAGGUUGAUAAUAAAGACGAUAAUAAAGACAAUAAUAAAAACGAUAAUAAAGAUAAUGAGACAUCACAUGAGAAUAUUCAAGAAGAUACAAGUGAACAUAUAGAUGAAGAUAAUGAGACAUCACAUGAGAAUAUUCAAGAAGAUACAAGUGAACAUAUAGAUGAAGAUUAUGAGAUAUCACAUGAGAAUAUUCAAGAAGAUACAAGUGAACAUAUAGAAGAAUUACCGAGACGCAUAUUGCCUUUCCUGUUUUAUUGGGGUAGAGGAUAAGAUCCUUUAUCUGUUCUUUAAUCUGUAAGAGUAAUUAAUUAUCUUCACGAUUGUAUACACAUCUUAAAAAUAGUAUCGUACAUUGGAUGUGUUUUUGAAGCAUGAUAUAAAUUUUUAUUCUAAUAA